AUGUGUUAUUAUUUUAGUUUGGCUGAAGAUCUUAUUGGAAUCAGUGAAGACCGCCCAGAAUCCUGGAUUGCUAUGGCGCAUUCUUCAUCUGUCGCCAACAAAAAGACGAGAGCAAUAUACUUCUCACAAAAGGUAAAUGGCCCACGUAGAUUCAAUUUAACUCUAAUUACUUAUAAAUUUGGCUAAGAGCGAUUUCAUACCAUAAACUAUUCACCUAUCGUUACAUUCAGUCUUUAUCCGAACCACUGAUCUUCACCCUAAAGGCCAUGUUACACCGUGCAAUUUUUCUUGCAACUUGCAAUGCAAUUCUACAUUUCUACUCUUGAGAGAUGUUAAUUAGCGAAAUCAGUGAAGAAUUUUCGAUAUGUUGAGAAAACAUCAGCGGAGUGUAAUGGAGACUCAUAUUUGACAAUUUUACAUCUCUCAAGAGUAUAGAAUUGCAUUGCAAGUUGCAAGAAAAACUGCACCGUGUAACAUGGCCUUAAGCCUAAUAACCGUGAUUUAUGCAGUAUGCCUGUUUUCGGCGUACCUUAUGUCUAUUAUUUGUGGCUAUAUAAAAUACGCUUGUUUUCGGCAUACCUUGUAGCCACAAACGGCUUGUGGCUAUAAAAUACGUCUGUUUUCGGCAUACCUUAUAGUCAUGAUUUGUGGCUAUAAAGUACGCCUGUUUUCGGCAUCCAUUAUUAUAGCCACGAACGGUUUGUGGGUAUAAAGUACGCAGGUUUUUUUCAAACCUUAUAGCCACGGUUUCCUGUUAUAAAGUACACCUGUUUUCGGCGUAUCUUAUAACCACGGUUUGUAAUUGUAGCUGUAAACUGGUACGCCUGUUUUCGGCAAUCCUUAUAGCCCGGUUAAAAUGCAAGACGUACCAUUUUAGCGAGGGUGCAAGGUAGGUCUCACGUCAAAAUGUGUGUUCAAAUUUAGCAGUGUGCUUUAUAAAAAGCCUAAAAGAGUGUAAUUUAAUUGUACAGGUUGUGAGGUCUGCCUUUAAUCGAAUAAUUUGAAAAGCUAGUAUGAAAUAAAUUUUACUUGUUUUAGGCGCACAACAUGGACAAUCUAAAUAUUCAGGCUUUACUUACAAAAGGUUCUCUGCUCUCAUCAGUGAAACGUAAAAGUGAAGCGAUAGAUCAUUAUCGUGAAGUCAUCAGACUUUCUCCUUUCAAUUACGACGGGAACAAAGGUAGGUGCAUCUAUGUAGCAGACUAGGGUUGAGGGUCUGCCAAGAGCGGUGGGGAAUAACCGGGGCCCGCUCAGCACCUUCCACCCCCCCCCCCCUUUACUAGGUCAAGCUGGAUCCAUACAUGUUUUUGAAAACGUUGUAUGUGUGAGGUAAUUGCUCCUAACAUAGGUGAAAAUUAUUCUCAAAUAUGUUUUGUUUUUAUACUAGGUUUAAUUGAGUGUUAUCUGAGUAGUAAUAGACACAAGGAGGCAUUGGUUGUCGCCAAAAACGCGCACAAAUGUCUUGGUACUAAUGCAAGAACUUUAUUGGUAAGUUGUACUCACCGGCCGUGGUGAUGAAAAUGAAGUGAGUGCGAAAGUACAUUUUGUUUUAAGGAGAGUAACGUCUAAAAUGUGUGAAUACUAUAUUGUUCCAUCACACUUGCUUUGACUUCACGGAAACAGAUUUUCUGUGAUGAAAAUUGCAAGUUAAUGAUUUAAACUAAAAUUGUUCCUUGUAGGUACGCAUGCUGAUAAAUAUACAUUUUUGAGAACACUAGGUAUAUCUCUUUUUCUGAGCUUAAAAGAUGUUUCCACAAAAACAAAUGAAUUGUCAAAUUGUUGACUUUAAAUAUCGAGAUAAGUCACUUACGGUAUUACCUCCUUGUGACCCCCUUUCCCCCGGCACCCCACCCACAGCGCCUUCUCCACACAGGCUAAUUUUAACAACUGAAAAGUUUUGUUUAUUAUUUUUAGCUUCUUGCGAUGGUUUUGGCCAAAGAAAGUCAGACGCAAGAAAAAGUAA